AUGAACCCACAACUCGGGGAUAUAGUCCUCAAAAAGCUUGAAGGCACUGAGCUCACUGCGGGAGCUAAUGUUUAUCACCUGGACACCCUGGUCUCGGAGAAAAGGGAUGACCAGUUUGCUGAGAGAAGGGCCGUUUUCUACGCCACCAGGGGUACAGACAACAUUGAUGCGGUUGUGAAGGUUCGCGUCCAGGAUCCCGUCUUGUUGUUGCCUGAUGAGCGUCAAGACAAUAUCGAAUGGGCCAAAAGGGUCUUCCAGGAUGAGGUCCGUGCUAUUCGCAAUUUGCAGUCGAUUGAAGGGUUGCCCACUCUACUUGAUAAUGGCGUUAAGACGCAGGGGCCUGCGUACGAAUAUCCUGGAGGUUACAUGAAUUGUAUCGCAAUGUCUAGAGUUCGCGGAAAGCCUGCCCUAGAUUAUUUGGACCUGAUAGAGUGGGAAGGCUCACAUAUCAAGCGCGAGGUCACUCGUAUCCUCGAGUCCGUGACCUGUCUAGCACAUUGCGCAGAUAUGCCUAAGGAGGAAAGUAACGAGUUCACCGAAAAUUCAGGCGUAGUUCAUCAGUUUGGGCAAGAUAUAUGGUGGACCUAG